AUGGAGUCGAUGCCCGGAAAUCUUCGCGACGCUGGACGAGACUCCAGCUCCUCCCCGAGUCCAAAGCAGGACGCGCAGAGCUUCUCCGGCCCGCUGAAGCCCAACCAGGUGAGCGAGACCUCCCUGUACGGGGUGCCCAUCGUGUCCCUGGUCAUAGACGGCCGGGAGCGGCUGUGCCUGGCGCAGAUCUCCAACACCCUGCUGAAGAACUACAGCUACAACGAGAUCCACAACCGGCGCGUGGCCCUGGGCAUCACGUGCGUGCAGUGCACGCCCGUGCAGCUGGAGCUGCUGCGGCGCGCGGGGGCCAUGCCCAUCUCCUCGCGCCGCUGCGGGAUGAUCACCAAGCGCGAGGCGGAGCGGCUGUGCAAGUCGUUCCUGGGCGCGCACAGCCCGCCGAAGCUGCCCGAGAACUUCGCCUUCGACGUGUCGCACGAGUGCGCGUGGGGCUGCCGCGGCAGCUUCAUCCCCGCGCGCUACAACUCCUCCCGGGCCAAGUGCAUCAAGUGCAGCUUCUGCAACAUGUACUUCUCCCCGAACAAGUUCAUCUUCCACUCCCACCGCACCCCGGAGUCCAAGUACCUGCAGCCGGACGCGGCCAACUUCAACUCGUGGCGCCGGCACCUGAAGCUGACCGAGAAAAAGCCCUCCGAGGACAUCAACCACGCGUGGGAGGACGUGAAGGCCAUGUUCAACGGCGGGAGCCGGAAGCGGACUCUGCCCAUGGGCGGCUCCGGCAUGUCCUCCUCCCUAAAGCCGCAGCAGGCCUCCUCCAGCCUGCAGAGGAGCUCCCCGGAGGUCCCGCACAAAACUCUACGCACCGAUGAGGACCCGGUGGCCCCGGGCCUGGCUCUGGGCGGCGGCCCCCGGAGCUUCCCGGUCAUCCCGGUGCCCAGCAAGGGCUUCGGCAUGCUCCAGAAACUGCCCCCGCCGCUGUUCCCGCACCCCCCGUACGGGUUCCCCGGGUACGGGCUGUGCCAGAAGAAGGACGCGCUCUACCCGGCCUUCCCCGUCUUCUGGCCGGCGGCCGGCGGCCUCCCGAUGCCUCCCUACCCGGGCUCCCCGCCCAAACCCCCGCCGGACCUGGACCUGCCGGACCACAGCGACCGGGGCGCGGGAACCCCCAAAGAACCGGGGCUCCUCGCGCUCCAGCACCGGGACGUUGGGGAGCGCAGCCCCGGGUCCCCGGCCCCCUCCUCCGCCCGGAACGAGGAGGACCGGUCCGGGGACGAGGCCUGUCCGCGGAAGGUGGGCUACGUCUCGGCCUUCAGGCCCGUGGUCAAAGACGCGGAGAGCAUCGCCAAACUCUACGGCGGCCGGGAGGGCUACGGCGCGCGCCCGGGAUACCUGUCCCCGGACUUCGUGAGCGAGAGCUCCAGCUACAGAUCCGUGUCCCCGGACCGGGACAGCAUGGGGGACGACGAGGACCCGGACGUGGACGUGGAGUCCAACCGCGGCCCGGAGGAGGAGGAGUUCCUCCGGAUCUCCCCCGGAGCGGAGCCCCGCGGGUCCCCGGCCCCGGGCCCGCUGUCCCCCGGUACCGGGGAGGCCCGGGGCGGGCCCCCGGAGGCCUGCAGUCCCCCCCGGCCGGACUCCGUCCUCACCGGGUCCUCAGAGGAGGACAGACAGACGCGCACCGGCUCCCCCCCCCACGAGGUGUACCAUCAUGAAAAGGACGGCCACGUGCUGCUGAGCGAGCCGUCCUGCUUUGCGUCCAAACAGGAGAGCAGCCCCCGCGCGCCCAGCGGUAAUGACGCAGCCGGUUUAUGGCGCAGUUUCUGCUGCAAAACGCGCGGAGUCUUUUUUUUUUUUUUAUCUCUGAACGCGUUUCGUUUUUCUCCAGGUCUCCAUCUCGCCUCUGAAAUGCAAAACCAACGAAACGCGGCGUCCUACCCGGAGCAGAAGGACAGACAAGCUGAUGGAGCUCUGCGCAUCGACAUCAGCGUGCAUGAAAGAGAUCUGGAGAACAUGGCAAAAGAGGAGCUGCAGAAGCAGCUGGUGGAGCAGGUGGAGCUGAGGAAGAAGCUGGAGAGAGAGUUCCAGCAUUUGAAAGAAGCUCACGACGCGCUGCACCACUUCUCCUGUAAGAUGCUGACGCCCCGCCAGUGCUCCGGGGGCUGCUCCUUCAAGCCCCCGCUGCUGCCCCCGUAA